AUGACGAAGCUCUCCUCUCACGCCUUCGCGUCGUCACUAGCCCGCCAGGUCGCUCGUUUCUUCGCAGCGUCAUCGCACUCAGCUGAAGCGGCGACGGCGGGUGCAGCGGCGGCGGCAUCGCCGGUUUCCAGGCAGCAAACGCUCCGCGCCACGGCGGCGACUUCUCACUGGAACGAUCUCGGCGAGAGCUCGUCUGCACGCAGCAGCGGCAGCGCCCGUUCGCUUCAUGGCCAGGUUAACACGGCACUGCCGUCGCAACCAUCGCUGUCGCUGGUGCCAGCGCCACAGCAGCAGCGGCAGCAGCCUUCCUUCACUCGCAUCGGCGCGACGAGCAGCUUCACCACCACUCGGGCCGUCACCUCGGAUGCUGCCGCGCAGAAAACGGCGAGCGGGACAGGUGCGGCGCGGGCGCCGCCGCCGACAAAGGAGUGGCACCUGGUGCCGCUGGGGUACCGCCCCGCGCACGCCGUGCCGCUGCAGGAGCGCAUCGAGGAGAUGUGGGAGUCGCGCGUCGGGCGGGAGGUGCGGGAGGGAGUGGAGGGGAGGGUGGCAGGGAGGAAGAAGAAGGGCGAGGGAGCGGAGGAGAGCGGCCAGGAGGAGGAGCGGCGCGAGCUGGAGGCUCUGAACUGGGCGUUCAGUCAGCUGCCCAUGUCCGUGUUCCCGUGCCAGCAUAAAGUGCUCGAGGUCCCCUCCAACGCCAAACUAUCAGACGCUCUGCGCAUGCUACAGCAUGCGGGCCUCACAGCAGCGCCAGUCAGGGACGUGGCGGUGGGGGACGACGCACCCUUGCAGCAGCGGUACCUCGGGAUGGUGGAUGGCGCGGGCAUCGUGCUGUGGGUCAUGGAGCAGUGCCUUCCUUUGAAACUCCCCUCCGCUCCGCCCUCCCCCCUUCUCCAGCUCAACCAAUCUUCCAUAGAGGUCCGCAUGGCGGCAGCAGCAGGGGGGGGGCUGGCGGGAAUGGCGUUUGGAGGGCUGGGCGCAGCAGCACUGGGCGCGCCAGAUGUUGCCACGUUGGCAGCCAUGUGGGCGGGAUCGAUGGCGGGAGGGCUACUGGGUGCCACGUCAGCAGAGGCUCCGGAAGAGGGGGAGGCGGGGGGAGGGGUGGAGCGACUGAGGGUGUCUGCAGGGGGGCUGGAUCGGCUGCUGCAGGGGAGUUGGUUUCAAACUGCCAAGGCAGAGGGGCUGGAUCGGCUGCUGCAGGGGAACGUGUUUCAAACUGCCAAGGUAGUCUUGAGGGGAGGGGGUGGAGGGUGCGCAAAGGGCUUUGGUGGGGGCGUUGGGACUGUAGAGGCUGCUGAGGUUGUGGGGGUUGUGGGGAAGGGGUGGAGGGGUUGUAGCCUGUGA